AUGAAUAUAAGAUGGAUUGUGUGUUUCAAAGGUGACGAUAACCAUAAUAACACUCUUUUGUGCACCGAUUUAGGUGAGGUAAAAUUGAAAAAUGUUUUUUCGGAGAUUUCUGAAUCAACGGAAGGAAUUUUGACGAAAUUCGUGAUUAGUGACUAUGACAGCACCAAGGAUCCUCUUAAUAUUCGAGAAACUCAGCAUAACCCAAGUUGGAACGAUGACACGGCCGAUGCAUGCGCUCAGGGCUGCAAACAAAUUAAAUACCGCACGAUAACAGUUCCGGUCGGCAAGUCUCUGUUCAUGGAGGUAAUUCAUCUAACACCGUACACCCAAACCAAUUUUACAGAUGCAGAGGUGUGCGAUAUACUUGAACAUCUUCUAAUAUUUUUGGACAAUAAGAAACUGAUCUUACGCGCCCUAUGCCAACAGAUGGCGCUGGACUGUGGAUUAUACGACCGCAUUAAUUCAUUAUUAUUGGGACUGCGCACAGAACCCGCCCAAUUGCAUUCUAAGUUGCUCGAUUUAGCGUUGGAAAUAGGCAAGCAUAUUUGUUUGUCUGUUAAGGACCAUCGCGGUAAUGCCAUGCUGGCCUUGAAUGAAGAGGAUAUCAACGAGCGGUUGCUCGUUGAUAUCAACCUGAGCGAAAUAAACCGAUUGUUCGUGCCUACAGUUCUGAUUACCAGCAGUGAUUUUUUGGUUCACAACGACGACUCCUUAUGUGAGUUGUACGCGAACAAGCAGAGUGACUGCGAAUUUACCGUAGACAUAGAACUGCCCGUUCUACCAUCCGAUACAGCUGCACAGAGACUGAGCGAGGUGUUGAUGUGCCGGUUUCUGGCACUCGACAGUACAAAGAAAAUUGUUAUUCGAUUCAGAGGACUGGAAUGCGAUUUUAAUCUCAAUUUUAUACAUGGCAAAGAAAUACGUGCCGUAUUCGAGAAUUGCACGUUAAUGCGCGGUUCCUGUUCGCACAUCAAUUUGAAGGAGCUCACGAUCGUGAACUCUAAGAUUACUGCAUCACUGGUUCUACCGGACGGAAUGGAGAAGGUAACGUUAAAAAACGUAAACGUUGCUGCGAACGGCAAAUUACGGCUCGGACGUAAUUGCAAAACCGUAGUCAUGAGGAAUGUUUCAGGUAAUAUUUGCGUUCCCUAUUUGCAGCAAAAUUUUUGUAUCGAAUUCAAUUCUCAGUGGUCAUUUGAACUGAGUGGACAUGAUGAUGAACACAUCGGCAGAUUGCUCAUAGAAAACGUUACAAUCAGCGGUCUAUUGGUAGUAAUAAAUCAGAGCGUGCACACGGUCAUCCUGAAAAACAUCAUUUUGCCAUCAAACUCAAUUCUUUUGGUGCAGAAAAGCGUUAAGGAGCUUCUUUUGGAAACGUUUUUAGGCACAGUCCAUUUGUAUGGCGCUGUCCAAGCGUUCGGUCCUAUCUGUGUGGAAGUGUUUGAUGGAAAAUUGAAAGUGGAAGAAUCAGGAAUCGGUAAACGCACAAAAAUUGCGUUAGAACGCGCCAAAUUAACAAAAAAUGCACAUCUAGACAAGAAAAUAUCACACGUAGACCUAUGCGAUGUUGAAAUUGCAGCAGGUUGUUCUCUCAAACUGCACGGCAGCGAGCAACAUAUUUCGUUGAAGAACUGCACCGGAACAGUCUUCUUCGCUAACAUCCCCGGUUUUGAACAGAUCAAGUUUGGUAGGACGUUGCAAGCGGAAGACCACCUCGGUGUAAUUCCUGUGCAAGUAUUUUUGUGUACUAGAACAGUUAUGGGCAGAAUGUCCCGGCUAGUUCUGCAUUUCUUACAAUUUGAAGAAAACGUGCGUCUUUGUGAUAAUACGAAGGACAUCAUCCUCAAGAACAUCGAAAUUCAUGAUGAGUACUCUCUCGUAGUUGGCAACAACUUUGAGCAGCUCACGCUGCAGAAUUGCAGGGGACGGGUUGUAAUCCCUGGUGUAUCGUUUAGCGAGGGCAAACAAACAGGCUUGCUGUUGAAUGGCGGCCAGAUACGAAUUGUGAGGUUACCGGAUGAUAUUUACGAUAUUACAGCGGAAAACAUUCAAUUUACGGGUGAUCUUGCAUUUGCAAUGAGGGUGCAUGCCGCCGAGAUAUGUAACGCAGGAAUGUGUGCCGACUCCACCAUUACAUUUGCAAAUGAAUGCCAGAGCUUGAAUUUACAGGGCAACGUAGCAUGCAUUCGUGUUUUAGCGGCCACAACAUUGAAAACACUGAGUCUGCGCGGUACCGAUGUAUCAAAUAACUCGCAGCUUCUGGCAGUUCCUGUAGAGCGGUUUACAGCGGAAAAUGUCACCAUGCACCACAGGACGAUGUCUCGGGCAGAUGUGCCCUCCGUAUUGACCAGCUUGAACAUCGCAAACCGCUCCACGAUGGUGAGCAUCACAAAUACGAAUGUUCCAGUCAACAUAACGAGCAUUGUGCGACACGUUAUACGUGGCGAAUCGCCGUUGCUUACCACACCAGACAGCGUUUUCUGCUUGAACGAAGAUCCUUCGGUGCAGUUGAACGAGUUGCACCUUGCACAUUUCCAUGUGCACAGCAACUUGGAAAUCGUACGAGAAAUUCUGUCGCUGUCUCUGAAGGAAAUUACUGCUGGCAGCAACUCAACUAUACGUGUGAACAAGGAACUGGAGAGCAUAACAAUCGAUAACUGCCUCGUAAAUAUUGAUUUUACGGAAACGCGUGGGCUGAGAUCAAUCGUGUUAUCGAGAACAGCUCUCAUCUACAACCAAGUGCUUCAUCUACCGAUAAGCUACCUGAGCCUUUCGAGCGUUGUUAUUGAUCAGAACGUGAGUCUCAACGAAUGCGUCAAAACUGCCAAACUUAAAGACGUGAGGAUCGAGAAGGAUUACACGUUCAAGGUGAACAGGAAUAUUCAUGAGCUGGACAUCAGCGGUUCGGUAGGUAUUGUUAAUAUGUCUGGGAUAGGAGGCCUUGACAGCAUGGUCCUGGAACAAAAACACCAAAUUCGAGUUAUCAACGGCAACACGCCAAAUGUAACCUUCUUAUACAUCAGCGAUUACCAUUUUAAUAACAAUAUGGUGCUGCCAAACGACAUAGGAACCGUGUUUUUGCGAAAUGUUAACAUACCCUCGGAUCAUAAGCUGGUACUUGGAAAUAACUGCCAACACAUGGUAAUCGAAUCAUCACACGUGCGUACUGAGCUGAGCCGGUUGACUCUUCUCAAAUCAGUCAUUCUGAAAAGAAUGCAACCCGCAGUGUUAAAAACUGUCUUGGCCAUGUUUUCAUCCGUCAGUAAAAUAAUAGUGCUGGAUAUGGUGGUGUAUAGCGGUACGGUAUUAUCAAUCGGUGCAAACAUCGUGGCCGUACGGCUUCAAGGGGUUACGUGUUAUGGCGAAUUCCGAGAUGGCGAAAAAUGCAGUGAGAUUAGUUUGCUUCACUGUUCAGGUAAAUACGAUUUUUCGAAGGUUGCACUGCUCAAGAAGCUGAUACUAAUCCCAAUGCUGGAGAAAACGCAUCCCUUCGUUGUUGUGUUCCCGCCUCUUGGUCACGUUGAAGACCUCGAGAUCGCCUACAAUUUCGCAGAUGCUUACUUUAAGGAUGUUUUAUUGAAGUGUGUGAAUCUUCAACGAUUGAUCAUACACGGAUUAUGUCUCAGUGAUACAAAUCCAGCGUAUUCCACCCCAAUUUUUCCAAAUGAAGUGUUCCACAUACCGAUAAAUGAUUGGCAGCUGGAGGAAAAGUUUACAAGCUAUUCUGCACGGACCGAAAGGAUGUAUAACCAGGAAGAAAAGAAGGAGAUCAUGAACCUAAAAAUGAAUGCUCUUGUAAAAAUAGUUUUUGGUGUAAACAUGUACAGCAAGUUGAAGAGUCUGAAAUUACUCGGCUUUGGCUUGGAUGGGGAUAAUGUGGAAUUGCUGAGGAAGUUUAAAGCACUUCAAACGCUUUUUGUAGACUACGAUUUUAGUGAUAAAAUGCUAUUCGCACAUUUGCCAGCCGGUCUUAUGACGUUGGAAAUAACACGCAGGAAGAACUUGGUCUGUGUAAACCCUGAACCAAAAACAUUUGAUCCGAUCGCUCUUGAACACCUGAAAAAACAAAAAAACCUCAGAAAUUUAAGUCUCUGCGGAGUAUUAUGUGCAGAUGGAAACAUUCUUCAGUAUUUGCCCGCUAAAUUGCACGUGCUCAAGGUGACAUGGUCGCCUGUUAAGGCUUUUAACAAAUUUGACGGGAACAUCACCAAGAGAAUCGUCAAAAAACUUAUUUUAUUUUUGAACGAUGACUUUAACAACGUAGGCUUUGGUGGCAAUUUGAUUCGAAAACAAUGCCGUGAUGUUUUCAACUACUUAGGUCAGUUCAUCCUAUUUGAUGCUUUGGAGGAACUGGUGGUGGAGAAGAAACAUAAGAUGGUGAGUAUUAAUCCAAAAACAUUCAAAAUCAAAUAAAACAUUUUUCGUGCCAA